GCUUGACCCGGAGCAGCAUGCACGCUGUGAAGAGACACGAAUGUCCACUCCCUUUGCCCAUGGACGAGGCAGCAGCUGAACACAAGAUGGAAUCUUGACCACUGUUCGCGCUGGCACUUGGCAAAUCCCCCCUGAACCCAAUUCCCUGUCGGUUUUCUCCCACAGCCAGUGAAACCAACAGCAUCGACGCCUCUAUGGAACCAAGAGCCUUGCAACCUUUCUCUUCCUUUUGGUCAUUUCCAUAAAGUAAAACGCAUUACCGCACAAAUACACAAUCUCACUGCGACCAUCACGGAUACACGCAGUGCUCAGUUCAGUAUAGCUCACGCAUUUAGUUGCCUCACCAAAAGCGUCCAAAAUUCCUUGUGCCCCCGAUGGAGAAAAAGCAGCCAAGCCUUGUUCGCUUUCGCUUCGCCUCAUCUGCUUGUUCCUCUCCUCGUGUCGUGUGAUCGUGCCCACACUCUCCUCACUGCCACUGCACACGCCGCUCUCCUCUCUAGCUUUCCUUUUUGGAGCUCUCUUCUUGUCACCACUUCCACCCGUGUUGCCUUUCAAAAAUCUCUUUACUUUCCCCGCGCAUUUCUUCUUCUCCUUCUCCUCCUCACCUCUGCUAUAAAAACUCACUCACUCGAAUACUGGAUCAAUCAACCACUGCUCUCUCUCAAACAGCAGCUGCCAACGAUGGCAGAUUCCCACCAUUGCUGCUGGUUCUUGCUGCUGCUCCUGCUCCUCGCCGCGUGGUGCGUGCGCGGAGAGGCCGAGGUCGCCAAUGGCGGCCACCAGGAUCUCCCUCCGCUCCUCUCCUUCAAAUCCUACAACCCAGCCGCCGCCGCGCUGGAGAGCUGGGUCGGCGGCGACCCGUGCUCCGGCGCAUGGAUCGGGGUGAGGUGCAGCAGGGGCAGGGUGGUCGGGGUGUUCCUCGACAACGCCUCGCUCGUCGGCGGCUUGGCCCCCCUCCUCGGGCUCGCCCGCCUCGGCGUGCUCGCCGUCAGGAGGAACUCGCUGUCCGGUCGUCUCCCUCCUCUCGACAACUCCACCAGCCCGAGGCUGAGGCACCUGCUCGUCUCACACAACCAGCUCACCGGAGGCCUCCGCGUCUCGCUGCCUUCUCUGGUCACCCUGAGAGCGGAGCACAACGGCUUCCAUGGCGACCUGCGAGCUCUCAGCGUCCCGAUGGUGAGGAGCUUCAAUGUUUCACGGAACAUGCUGGAUGGGGAGAUCUCCGGCGAUCUUUCCAGGUUCCCGAGCUCGUCUUUUGGCGGGAAUCUUGGCCUCUGUGGCCUGCCUCUUCCGAGAUGUGUUCAUGCUUACAAUGCGUUAGGAGAUAGUGUCGGACAAUCUCCUAGUGCGGCAAUGGAGGAGGCUAGUAGUGGUGGUAGUAAUGGAGGCUUGAGUAAGCUCAGUGUGACGGCGCUCAUGGCGACCGGCAUUGGCAACGCGGCGCUCAUGGUGAUCUCUGUGGCUAUCUCUGUAGCCAUGUUCGUCUACAUGAGAAGGAAGCUCCGGUCAUGGAAGGGUGCUUCCGAUGCGGCGCUGAGCUUUGAGGAGGAAGACAAGGUGAGGAAUCGGGAGGAGAAGGGGCAGAAGAGCAAUGGUGGUGGACUCGUCUGCUUCGAUGGCGGCGAGGAGCUGAGGCUGGAGAGCCUGCUCAAGGCGUCGGCGGAGGUGCUCGGCAAGGGCGUGUCCGGGAGCACGUACAAGGCGGUGCUGGAGGACGGCAUCGUGGUGGCCGUCAAGCGCCUCAGCGCGCUGCAGUUCCCCGGCCGGAGCAAGGCGUUCGACCGCCACAUGCGGCUCGCCGGCCGGCUCCGCCACCGCCACGUCGUCAGCCUCAGGGGCUACUGCAACUCCAACGGCGAGCGGCUGCUCGUCUACGACUACCUCCCCAACGGCAGCCUCCAGUCCCUCCUGCACGGCAGCAACGGAGGCGGCGGCGGCGGGAGGAGCCUGGACUGGGCGGCGAGGAAGGCCAUCCUGUUCGGCGCGGCGCAGGGGCUGAACUACAUCCACACGUUCCCGGCGAGGCCGGCGCUGGUGCACGCGAACGUGAAGCCGUCCAACAUCCUCCUGGACGAGCACGGCGCGGCGUGCGUCUCCGAGUGCGGGGUCAUGCGCUACGCCGCCAACAUCCAGCAGUCCAUCCCGCAGCCGCCGCGGUGCCCGCCGGGGCUGUUCCUGGACCGGGCGGCGGCGGCGGCGGGCGGAGGAGGCUGGCACGGGUACGCGGCGCCGGAGCUGGCGUCCGGCGCCGGCGCCGCGGGCGCGCGCGCGACGCAGGAGUCCGACGUGUACAGCUUCGGGAUGGUGCUCCUGGAGGUGGUGACCGCCGACAAUGCCGGGGACGGCAACGGCGGCGGCGGCGGCGAUGGCGGGGAGGAUGAGACGAUGGGGUGGGUCAAGAUCGGCAUGCUGUGCACCGCCGAGGCGCCGGAGGAGAGGCCCAGGAUGGCGCAGGUGCUCGCCAUGAUGGGCGAGUUCAUGUGAAGUGAAGCAGCUGCACAAUCAGUUACUAGCAUGUAACUGAGUCUUUAGCUUUGCUAGCAUUAACAGAAGAAGUGCAAUGAGAGAAAAAAAAAUCCUUAUUGAGUGCAAGAACAGCAUGUACGCGUGCAAGAUGUUUGGGGAAAUUGUAGCGCAAACUGCUUAAUCUGUUGGGGAUAAAUCUCAUGUAUUUCUCGUUAAUCAGCUGCACUGCAGAUCUGCAGUGCAAGCUACGAUAAAGAUUAUCAGUAGCACAGUACCCAGUA